AUGGCGAAGUACCUGGUUCCAGCGUCUCUGCUGCUGUCGCAGUCGAUGGCGGCCGCGGCUCUGUUUGACUCGUAUGUGAGCUUGUCAUUUGAGCUCAUUGGUUUUCCUACGUUUGCUGGAACCAAGAGCAACCCGAACGCCUUUUCGCACAACCUGAUGCAGAACUUGGCCGACCUCCAGGGCAGCGGGAUCGUUACUCGAAUCGGUGGCAACUCUGGUGAUCGUGCCAUCUACGAUCCGACCUUGGCCACUUCCACAGCCAGCGCAUGCCCCAACGCUGACCCCGGUGCCUGGCAGUGCAUUGGCACGACAUUCUUCGAGUCCUACGGCGCGUUCCCCGCUGGUACUCGCUACUCUCACCAGUUCAACCUCGGCGCUUACAACUCCUCCGGAUGGAACACUCUUGUGAAGACGGUGCCUCUCGCCUGCAAGGCGCUUGAAGGCCAACUCGAAUUCUGGGAGGUUGGAAACGAGCCCGAUCUCUUCAUCAAUAGCCGUCGGCCCAGCACAUACAGUGCUUCCCAGUACGCGGCCGAGUGGCUGAACACGACAGAGCACUUCGAGAGCUACCUCCGCACGGCCUGUCCCGAUCUGGCGGGCAAUGUCAAGUACAUUGCCCCGUCGUUGAGCUCGCCUGGUGCCAAGCUGCACAUUGCCGACAUCUUCCCCGACGAGGGCAAUGCCACGCAGAAGAUCACACAGGUCUCUGUGCACAACUACAUGAACGGCGCCACUGUUCCGGGCGUCACUCUGCAGAACACGCUCAUGAGCCACAAUGCCGUCGUUGGCUCGAUCAACAACCACGUCAACUACGCCAAGACGUCUCCCAUCGCCGCUGACUACAUCAUUGGUGAGCAUAACAGCUUGUACGGCGGUGGCGCUUCGGGUCUCUCCGAUGUCUUUGGAGCUGCUCUCUGGGCUAUGGAAUUCUCUCUUUAUGCUGCCUCUACCGGCGUCAUUAAGCGGAUUCACUUCCACCAAUCCGUGGGCUCUCCCUACGCCGCCUGGGUUCCCUCGGGUACUCUUGCGACCAACGCGCCUUAUUACGGAAAGCUGGCAGCCAGCACCUUCUUGGCCAACUCCAGCACGAUUGAGGUCAAGACGCUUGCUCUGAACAAGGACGCUGACAAGGACUCUGGAUACGGCGCCUACAUUGGCGGAAACCUGGAACGCGUUGCAGUUCUGAACCUGAGACAGUAUAACGCUGGCUCAGGCACUCGCGGAUCCCAGACUUACACCGUCAAGGUCGACCCCAACUCUUCGUGGACGUCGCAGCGUCUUACUGCCGCUGGUGCUACGGACAAGACGGGCGUUACCUUCAACGGAUUCUCGUAUGACGCUGACUCCAAUGGUCUGGCGAAGCGCGUGAACGGGAAGGAGUCGAACACGAUUAUCCAGGCUGACGGCAGCGGAAACCUUUCGUUCACUGUUCAGAAUUCCGAGGCGAUUGUCCUGCUGAAGGCCUAG